AUGGACCCGGAAGAAGAUCCACUGAAGCUGACUUACCAGGAGACCAUGGCGCUAUGCAGAAGCUGGGCAUCCGAAGAGAUUGGAGACCCUGAUGAUCUCGACGAUAUCGCAGAGAGGAUCCAGGAAGCCGUCUACAACGAUGACCUCGCCAGUGUCUCUCCGCUGUGCCGCUUUAUGCUGCAGUACGAGCUGCCACCUCUCUACGAGGCGAAGUUCAACGCCUACCUUAGCGACUGCAAAAUCUAUCUUGCAAGCUACAAAGGUCAUCUGAGCGCUGGACGUUAUGCGCAAGCACAGGAGUAUAUCGUUGAAGCAACGAAUGCGAUCAAGGCUGCGGCGGAUGGGGUGGCGAACGGGGUGGCGGACAGGGUGACGGACGAUGUGCGAGAGGAGGUCGAGGACCGGAGAGUACGCAUCGAAAGUCUGAGUUCGGAUAUCGCCAAGGGUAUCAAUGAAUGCAAAAGCGCAGCUUCUCUCCCGCCACCGCCUACCAAGCUCAACGAGGUCAGGGAUGAGCCUGCUGCUCCAAACGGUCUGGAUGGCCUCGAGGUGGAGAAGCCCGCCAUCCCAAUCGGUCUGAGCAUUGUUGCAGAUGAGCCUGAUGCUUCCACCAGGGGCGAGGUCCCCUCGAAUUAA